UUUAUUUCAUUAGAGAUAUUGAAUCAUGGUCAUGGCUUGCAUAAAUAUAAACAGAAGGAGGCACAUAGGUCUUCAGCAGCUGUCCUUAUUAACAGAAACAGGACGAAGUUUCCUAGGCCCAGUAAAGUUGGCCAAGUUUAUUAUAGGUGAAGGAUCUCAUGAAAGUGUAUUGACCUGUUCUAUGCUGAGGCUUCUUGAAAAUCUGGAUUUAACAAGCUCAGUUGGACAGCUUCUUUAUGAAACAGUGCAGUCACAGCAGAGUGCGUAUGGGACUGGGACCAACACCUUGCUGUUUCUUGCCGGUGCAUGGAGCGCUGCUGCCCUAGAAUGUCUUAAGCAAGACAUCCCCAUUUCAGUCAUAGUGUCGGUGAUGUCAGAAGGCCUGAAGUCUUGCAGGAAGGAAGUUGUCUCUCUUCAAAUCCCUCUAUGUGAUGUGGUUGGUAACACUGGAGACACAAGGAGAUAUCCUUUUCUUGGAACCCUGAGUAUCAUUCCCAGCCCCCUUGUGCAGAUUCCAGCAGAGAUUCCUUGGAUCCAAAGAGAACGUGACAUUAAAAAUGUGUCUUCCCAACCAUCCUCUCCUGCAUUUUCUUCUGGGAGCUCCUCUGAAUUAUCUUCUAGGUCUUCUUACUUCAGUUAUCAGUCUGUAGCUAAAGGAAAUAAAGCUAUGUCUCAAGCUCCCCAAACCAGUCUGAUACCAAAUAGCCACACCAGAAAAUCAAGACUAAGCCAUAGCAGGCAUUUUAGUAGGGCAGAAAAUGACUCUUAUCAGACAACCAACGAAAGAGAGCUAGACCCUUAUGUUCAGAAUUGUAGUGAUUUGGUACAGCUGGCAGUGGGUCUGAGUCAUGGAGAUCAUAGCAGUAUGAUGUUAGUGGAAGCAGCAGUCAGAUGCCAGUAUCAGAAUGCACACAUGAAGAAGAGAAAUUGUACAGUGCCAUUUAGGUUUGAUGUUUCAAAAAUUUCUACUUGCUGUUUACCAGGCAUCCCUGAAAGCUUUUCUUGUGUCUACUCUGGAUACAUAACUCUUGUAUCAAUAAACUAUACCACUACAGUCAGAGAACUCCAGAAUCAGCCUUUGCGGGUAGUUCUCAUAGAUGGUGAUUUUGAAGAGAAUUACCACCACUUGGGAUUUAAUGGGCUGGGAAAUGUUAAAACUGAAUUGGAAAGUCUGACAUAUCACGAGAAGCUGUGGCUGGACCAUACUUUGGAGAUAUUAAUUCAGUUAAAUGUAAACCUAGUCAUGGUGCGAGGAAAUGUGUCUGAAAAUUUAAUAGAAAGGUGUAUACAUAGUAACUUGCUGAUCGUUGGGCCAGUGAGACGUCAUGUGCUGCAGGAUUUUGCAGAGGUCACCGGAGCAGUGCAGGUGACCUAUGCUACACAACUGAAUGAAGACUGUGUGGGGAGUGACGUCUAUGUGAGCCUAUGGAGAGCAGGCCAACUGAAUGCCAAAGAAGUGAGCAGCAAGGUGGCGAUCUUAAUAAAAGCUGAAGGAAUCCUUCUGGCCACUGCGGUGCUCACUAGCCCAGUCAUAGCGCAGAUGCAGGCCAAGGAAGAUCACUUCUGGACGUGUGCUUACCGUGUGUAUCAUGCUUUAGUCGAUGAGAAGGUCUUCCUGGGAGGUGGCGCAGUUGAAGUCUUAUGCCUCACCCAUCUCCACAUGCUGAUAGAACAGUCACACGAAAAGAUGGAUUGUUCAGGACAGCUUCAUACAGCCUCCUCUUGGACGGCCUCAUCUCAGGCACUGUACAGACCAGCUGUACUUAGAGCCUUGGCAGAUGGAUGGCACAAGUACCUUUCAUCCAUCGUGUAUAACACGGGUACAUGCUCUUCAGUGAGUGAAGCCAGCACAUUUGUUCAAAACUUUCUCCAAAAGACUACAGGCUCUGGUUGUCCUUUAUUAUACCUUCUGAAGGAAUAUAAUAGAGUGACUAGUGGGAUUUUAAAUUCAGGUGUUCCUAGUAGAUUAAAGGAAACUUCAAGAGUUUAUGAUGUUGUCACACCAAAGAUUGAGGCAUGGCGCAGAGCGCUAGAUUUGGUAUUUUUAGUGCUUCAGACGGACGCGGAAAUUAUCACUGGAGCAGAGUAUACACAGUUAAACUCAGAGGAGUCUGAUGAAUUGUUUCUAUUGUAGUUCUGUUUUACCAUAAUACCAUGAGAAAAUAAUCGUGAAACACCUUUUAAGAAAAUCUAGGAUUCCCUGAAUAAGUAAAUAACAGCUACAGUACCAUUUUCUGUCCAAUGCAGAGGUAAUAAGUACCAAGAAGAAAAAAAUGAAGUGCCUUUUUCUUCCUAACAAUAAACUAGAAACCUUAGAUAAGUUUGCUACCUAGUCUUCCAAAGAAUACUAUUAGAACUUAGCUAGACAAGUUCUGGACCUGAGUGAAGCUAGCAUGUUUUAUUAAAGAAUGUUUAGGAAUACAGAAGCAACUUCCUUCUCCUACCAUGGGUGGGAGUGGAACAAAAAAGAAAUAUGUUUCCAAAUAUGUUGCCAAAGUUGAUGUGCUGAAAAAUAAGAAUAAUUUGAUUUUCAGUUUUUCAUUUUAUUUGGAGAAAGAAAAAAGUGGAUAAGGUUCAAUGUGACAAGUGAAAUGUUUUGCCUCAUUUAGUGAUGGAUUUAAAUCUAUAUCAUCUGAAAACCUUACACAGUUCACUAGCUGAGCUUCAUUUCUCUUUUCUUUGUUCAAGGCUGUAGUGGCAGGGAUAUUAAGGAUUAAAGUGUUCUUUGGAAGAAUGUCUACACUUUAGCUGGGUUAAAGUCAUGGGUUUUGCCACUUUGUAUACAACUUAAAUUUUGCUUUUUUGGUUAAAAUAUUCU